GGGAGAGUCAGCCGGUGAGCAGCCGCGGCAGCAGAGCUGCUCGAGAAGGGGCAGAAGGAGGAGGACCAGGACCCGAGGGGGUGCCGAGCCGCCCGCCCGGCCCUGCGCGACAAAGGAGCCCCCCACCCCCACCCCCAGCAGCGCGCCACCCCCUUCGCCAAUGUCCUCGGCCAUCGAGAGGAAGAGCCUGGACCCGUCCGAGGAGCCAGUGGACGAGGUGCUACAGAUCCCGCCAUCCCUGCUGACAUGUGGUGGCUGCCAGCAAAACAUAGGGGACCGAUACUUCUUAAAGGCCAUCGAUCAGUACUGGCAUGAGGACUGCCUCAGCUGUGACCUUUGCGGGUGCCGCCUGGGGGAAGUGGGGCGUCGCUUGUACUACAAGCUGGGCCGGAAGCUCUGCAGGAGAGACUAUCUCAGGCUUUUUGGCCAAGACGGCCUCUGCGCUUCCUGUGACAAGCGGAUCCGGGCCUACGAGAUGACCAUGCGUGUGAAGGAGAAAGUGUACCACCUGGAGUGUUUCAAGUGUGCGGCCUGUCAGAAGCACUUUUGUGUUGGCGACAGGUAUCUCCUGGUCAACUCAGACAUAGUGUGCGAACAGGACAUCUACGAAUGGACCAAAAUCAACGGCGUGAUCUAGGCAAGAGGCCAGAGUCUCUGGCCGGCGCUUUGCUGAUGACACAAACCGACAGUCUCGAUAGGAAGGGGACGGGGAGGGGGGCCGCUGAGCUAUGCACUCUGGGUAAUAGGGGUGGGGUGGGGUAGCUUCUUUAGGGAUGGAACCAUAGGCCCUUAUCAGGCAGCCCAGCAUAGCAUCAGAGUGAGCUGCAUGGGAGCAAGGAACGCAGAUUUAAACAUGCUGACUCUUAGAAUUUCUAGCGGAAGUCUACUGGUAAUAACUGACAUUAUUAGCUGAGGUGUGGGGAGGUUGGGUGGGGGGCAGAUAAUGGGAUCUUAUACCUGCAGAUAGUGAGUUAUCUGUAUAAAAAGUUGUCCUGACUUUGACACUUGCAAAUGAGAAACGUGCAAUUGGUUGCUUAUGUUUCUUCCCUGGGGCUUUUCCAGUGACCCCGUUUAGAUCCCUGUUCUUCACACUGGGGGAGGACGAAGGAAGAAAAGAGUGGCCAUCCCUUUUCUUGGCCAUUUUCCCAAGGCCUUAAGCUUUGGACGUAUGGGAAACGCAUUUGCAUGGGGACAUGUUUCAGUUGGGAAUGUUCAUUGCAACUUUUAACCACAACCCUUCCCUAAAUAUAGAUAAAAUGCUGGUGAACCACUGUUUUUAGACACCUCUGUUCAAGGUGAAGGAUUUCACAGAUUGUUUCUAUACAAAUGUAAAUCUAAGCAGAGUUGUUCAACUAUUUUAUUAUCUUAGAUUAUAUCGAUAAAGUAUUUGUUGUGUGUAGUAAAACCCUGCAGAUUUAAUAAAAAUGACAGACUGAGA